AUGCCCGCUGCUCAUGGUCGUGAUGUCUCAUCCUCGUCCCACGGCCACAAGACGGACGGGGCUCGUAGAUGCCACAACAGUCCUGACAUGUAUCCUUCAAAUAAUACAAGUCUAGCCUUAAAAUCCAAGGAAUACGAUAAGCAAAGUUUAGGAUAUCUAUGGCGGUCAGGAAUGGCGGGUGGACUUGCGGGGUGUGUGGCUAAAACCAUUGUAGCUCCCCUCGAUCGGGUCAAGAUACUAUUUCAGGCAUCAAAUCCUCAAUUCAUGAAAUAUUCUGGGAGCUGGAUUGGGGCUGCAACGGCAAUACGUGAAAUUCGGACCGUCGAAGGAUUUCGUGGCUUAUAUCGUGGCCAUUCUGCCACCAUUUUCCGAAUAUUUCCAUAUGCAGGCAUAAAAUUCCUUGCUUAUGAACAAAUUAGGUCUAUUCUGAUUUCAUCGCCAGCGCAAGAAACUCCCACACGAAGAUUGGCGAGUGGAAGUUUAGCUGGAAUCGUAAGUGUGUUUUUCACCUACCCCCUCGAAGUCAUACGUGUUCGACUUGCUUUCGAAACUAAAAGCAGUACACGGCCAAGCUUCAUAGGCACAUGUAAAAGAAUUUACGGAGUCUCGCCGACAUCAAUCCGAUCAACUGCGCCACCAAGGAAUGCUCUGUCUAAUUUUUACAGAGGCUUUUCGGUAACGGUUCUUGGGAUGCUACCGUAUGCUGGAAUUUCUUUCCUGACCCAUGAUACAGCCGGUGAUAUUCUUAGAUCGCCCAUUUUAGCACCUUACACGGUACAAACUAAAUAUAAUCAUUCACUCUCGACAAAGCCACCCCCCCUUCACUCGUGGGCUCAACUUUUAGCAGGCGGACUGGCUGGUCUUAUAUCACAGACCUGCGCGUACCCGCUAGAGAUCAUGAGAAGACGCAUGCAAGUUGGAGGAGCAGUAGGAGACGGGCAUCGUCUACGCAUCAAUGAGACCUUCAGUCUUAUUUUCAAGGAAAAUGGAAUAAGAGGUUUUUGGGUCGGCCUAACAAUUGGUUACGUGAAGGUGGUGCCCAUGGCCGCAGCGAGCUUUUAUGUCUAUGAGAGAGCUAAGACUUGGUUCGGCAUUUAA